CGAUUUCAGUUGCGGUUUUGCCGGGUUGGUUGGCGGAGGCCGGGCUUGUGGGGUCCCCGGAGUUGGGGUUCUGUUCCCGGCCGCGAGGUGAGCCACUCGGACUCGUGGGCCGUCCGAGGCCCCAGUGUUCCUUCGCUGGCAGAAUUCGGGAGCGGCAGCCCGGGACCUGGCCGGCAGCCCCUGGAGAUGAGGAACCUGAGUCCUGCAGGGGUGAGAUGAUGAGUAAUCCAAGGCACACAGCUAAUUAAGUAGCAGAACUGGGAUUAGAACUCAGGUUUCCUGCCUCCCAAAUUUCUGACCAGGAUUGUUAAAAUGAGUCUGCGGAAGCAAACACCCAGUGACUUCCUAAAGCAAAUCAUUGGACGACCAGUAGUGGUAAAAUUAAAUUCUGGAGUGGAUUAUCGAGGGGUCCUGGCGUGCCUGGACGGCUACAUGAACAUAGCCUUGGAACAGACGGAGGAGUAUGUAAACGGACAGCUGAAGAACAAGUACGGGGACGCAUUUAUCCGAGGAAACAAUGUGUUGUACAUAAGUACCCAGAAGAGGAGGAUGUAAAGUCACCAAGAGUACAAUACUUUUCGUACUGGGAUAUAUUUUUUUAUUAAGUUUUUUGAUUCUUUUGUCAUGUAAUUUGUCCUAUUUUGUAACAGUUGUGAUUUUUCACUGACAUGUGAAUAAGAUAAAUAUAUACAAUUGUGGAUUUAACUGUAAAGUGUUCUUUCAUAUUCAAGUUGCAGUCGUUUUCUUUUAUCUUAUGCCAGUGUACAGGAGACACAGUUUAAAAGAAAGAAAAGAGAAUCAGUUUCUCCCUGUAUGAUUUGUAAUUGAAGUUGCAAGCAAUGCCGUUUGAUUUGACUGCUUUACUGGUUGAACUGACUGAGGAUAAUUAAAAUAUCAUAGAGCGGGCCUUUUUUAUCACAUCCUCUUCCAUGUGCUGUACAAAACACUUGAUUGAAAGGAAAUGUUCCACAAGGUGUGCAGUUUUGGUCUGAGACGGCAAAGGGUCCCUGCGACCAGAUAUUCAGCCUCUGGUUCCAUCCCUUCCACAGGAAAUAGAUUUGGGCUCCAAGAGCGACAGCUGCACAGAAAGAGCAGGACUCUGAACCGAGCUGGGGGAGAUUCUCAAGGCUUCAGAUGCGAGGGAGGUGAAGACCUUCCAUUUAAAUGCACAGUCAUCUUGCAUCUCCCCCUUCGCCAUGCACUUGGUGGGUUUUCCGAUCCCCUUUCUGGCCGCCGUUCCCUUAUUCUGUGAACAUGGGGCGGGUGGUGGCGGAGGGGGCGGGGGCAUUCCCAUGCAGUCUGGCAGGUGUUUAGGUUAAAGCGAGGCCUGGAGUUUGUAAACUCAUUCAGCUUCCAGUUGCUCAGCUAUGACGGGAAGGAUUUGUCCUCCCUCUCGCUAGGGAGGGGCUGCUAGGAAGCCCUUCUGUCCAGUGACACUGUCCAGGGCCAGAGCACAAGCAUCACAUUGCUUGGCACAGGGCGGCCCCUCUGCUUCAUGCGGCUCCUGCUGAGAGGUUGAGCUUUAUUCUCGAGGUUUGCCCAGCCCUGCUGUGUUCCCUGCACAGUUUACACUGUCUCUAGGAACAACAGAUAUAACUGGGCACUGCGGUUGAGUGAACACCAGACAAUUGUGGGACCGCCAUGUUGGCCGCCAUCCUCCGUCCCUCCCAUUCUAAGCAGCGUUCCUGUUCCAGGAGCCACCAUGCGAGUGUCCACAAUCUCCUGGUUGAAGGCUGUGGGGUCAGGACGGGAGAGGAGGGAAGGGUGGGGCGGUACUGGGUCUGGAGAAGCAUGUGUGAUAUUUUGUCUGGUUUUGGUUUAAAGAUCACAGAGUAAUUGGAAACAAUUAUUUCUUAAUUAAUAACUUGGGAAAGUGAACAGAAACAUUUCACAAGAUUUUACUGUGUGCACACCAAAAGUAAAACUAUGCUUCAAUAAUUUAACACUUCCUGACAGGGGCUUGAAAAGGGUCCAGUCUGUAAGUAUACAUCGCCAAUUUGCUCUUUUAUAAAUGACAUCUUUUAAGGAGAAAAUGGAUGUCCCUCCAAGUGGCUCAUACCUGUUCUCAUUUGCUUUGUAGAAUAUGAGGCUGCCAGGUUACUGUGUCCCUUCACUUACCCACAUCAGCUGCUUCCACUGUUAUCUCUCACCAAUCUGUUGCAUCCUAUUUUUGCUCACUUCUUCCCCCAACUCCCUUUCUGCACAUGCCUUUAUUUUCCCCUUGCCAUCUCUUUACACUGAUAGCGCUGUGGCGGGGUGGUGUUUUCAACCACGGAACUACUUUUAAUCAAGGUCGACUUUGGGAAAUGCUGCCAUUUUUAUGGUAAUAAAGGCCUGUAUUAUUCACUUGUACCGAUGCAAAUCGUCCCCUGUGUAUACCUUCACGUAGCAGAACCUUGAAACAAAGUGUAAAUGCUGAAAUUACUUUUUUCUUCUUCACUGUAGUCUCAUAGAGGUCAGUGAAUGAUUUCUAGUUGCCUUGUAGCAAAGGCUUUUGUUCUGGGUAGGAGAGUUUUUCACUUGAGUAAAUAUAUUUUUCCCUAUCUCGUUGCCCCAAACCCUGGCUACCAUGCUCUUUCUCUUGAGCUGUGACAAAGAGUGUUUAGCAAGAAACAAAAUUGUGCUUAAUUCUUUCUUUUUUUUAGACUCUCUGACUUCAUGUUCUGUUUUGGUCUUCUGAGCUAUUCCUUGGCUAAUCUUCCCACAAGUCGAAUUGAUUCUUAUUUCAAAACUGUUUAUCCCAAAACAGAGCUGUUGACAAGUACAAAUACAGAUGGCAGACAUGUGCUGUGAUCCCAUGUUCUCAUCUCAGCGUUCAGUGAGGGAGUGCUCUUGAGAGAUGGUUUACAGCUUCAGCUUUUUUACUCAGGGCGCUGUGGUGUGUGGGCUGGGGGUGCCUCAUUAUGUGACAGAUCGUAAAUGUUUGGGGGAUUUCCUUAAGGUCUGAGAACCAAAACGGUGACUUGCUGUGUUUGCUUUGUCACCCGGGAGGCGAAAAUAAUCUAUAAGAAUAGAAACAACCUCUGGGGGAGACAUUGUCUUUGGUAAUGACACUGACUCAUGAGUGACCUCAGUGCAGCAUUCCAGGCCAGAGGGCCAGUGUGUUCUCUUACUGUGGACUGGCACUGACCUUUGUCCUCACAGCAAAUGAUCCUCCACGUAUAGGCUAGCUAUCCUACUCAGAGGCAAAUCUCGGCCCAUUCUGUGGCCAGGACUAUUCUUUACAGCCAGACUACAUUAACCGUCUUUUUUUUCCACCACAAAAAGAAAUGAUAGGUGAAAGGAAGAUAAACUACAGUUUUUGUCCCUCGUGACCUUCUUGUGUCCCACAAGGUUCUGCACGCAGCAGCAUGGCUCUGACGACUGUGUUUCCUAAGCUUUCCCCUGAUGCUUGUUGAGCUGGACUCUACCUAAGAGUCUUGACUGUUGCGGUGUGAAUAUACAGCAGCUGCUUUGAUUCCACUUUGUACCCUUACAUGGCAGUGCGCCCAUGCACCCAGUCCAUUGUUGACUGACCAGAUUUGACUCACCAGUUGCAGGCCAGUUAGCCGGGGUGGGAGUGGGACCACAGAAGUUGGUGGGCAGGAGGAGUGCCUGCCAAGUGGUGGGGUGGUUGAUGUGACCCUCACUGAUGCUUGCUCUGCGCCUCCCUUAGCUGCUGCCUUCAUUAGGAGACCGGGAGCCACCAGGCAGUGCGACCCGAGGAAGUGGGAACACAAGUCAGUUCCCCAUUUCCUGACUGAUAACUGGAGGUUGGCGCCGUGCUAGGCCCUGUGGGGAGUAGAAAAGUCACUGUGCCCUCCAUAAUUUCUUUCAUACUCUCUAUACUAAGUUUGUAGGUUUCGGUAUUUACGGGAGAAAGUGGUGCUAUCAUAUAUAUUUUUUUAAUUGGGUCAAAUCUUUGAGAAUGCUUUUAAAAAUCUGAACACUUUAGAUGGAUUUGAUCAUCUUAACUGUACGUUCAUGUCUUGAAAUUUCAGAUAACCUUAGGACUAGGCAAUGUUGAAAUCUGAUGAUCUCCAUCUGUUCAUUCCAUUUCCUCACAGGCCCAUGUGGUUCAAACUCCCAUCUUUAUUUUUUUUCCAUCUAGGAAAAGCCAGAUUUUCUGUUUUGAUUCAGUCGCCUUAUUGAAAGAUUAUCUGUUCUUAGUAGUAAUUUGGGAAUUAUAACAAAUAGAAGGUGGACAUAUGUAUUCUAGGCUCUUCAUAAAAUCAUGAAACACCGGAACAGCUGGGAUAGACUAGUUUUUGAGGUCUUGUUUUCAAAAUGUGCAAAUCUAUAUGGAUGCCACUUAUUCCAAGUUUUAUAAUGGAAUGGAUGCAGGUGGGUUUGGCAUAAUAUUCUACCAAUAAUUUGGGUUAAAGGAGAUGCCAGUUUGUGAAAAGUUGACAUGUAGUUUGAGAGAAACUGUUUCAUUAACCAUCAUGUGUAUACAGCAUCCCAGAUCACUCACUGUUCAGAGAUGAUGUCAAAUAGAAGUCCUACUGAACUUGUUAAUAAUGAAAAAAUAAAAAAUUUGUAAUCAGCA